GAAGCGGUUUUAACGGCAGGUAUAUAACUGGCGUGUUUUGACAAUCGUUAGCAGUUUGAAUAGUUUGUCGCCAGAUACACACACGCAGUCAAUAUGAGGGAAAUAGUUCACGUCCAAGCUGGACAGUGUGGUAAUCAGAUCGGAGCUAAGUUCUGGGAGGUGAUUUCCGAUGAGCACGGAAUAGACCCAACAGGGACAUACCACGGAGAUUCUGAUCUGCAGUUAGAAAGAAUCAACGUUUACUACAAUGAAGCAACCGGCGGAAAAUAUGUCCCGCGUGCAAUCCUUGUCGAUCUGGAGCCCGGGACAAUGGAUUCAGUUAGAUCUGGACCAUUUGGACAAAUUUUCCGUCCAGAUAAUUUUGUUUUUGGUCAAAGUGGCGCCGGUAACAACUGGGCCAAAGGACAUUACACAGAGGGUGCUGAACUUGUCGACUCUGUCCUCGAUGUUGUGCGAAAAGAGGCCGAAAGUUGUGACUGUUUGCAAGGUUUUCAGCUGACACAUUCACUCGGAGGAGGUACAGGUUCUGGAAUGGGUACUUUGAUAAUCAGCAAAGUGAGGGAAGAAUACCCAGAUAGAAUCAUGAACACAUUUUCCGUCGUGCCAUCACCUAAGGUGUCUGAUACAGUUGUUGAGCCAUACAACGCCACGCUGUCAGUACAUCAGCUUGUUGAGAACACAGAUGAAACAUACUGCAUUGACAAUGAAGCUCUCUAUGACAUCUGCUUCAGAACCCUCAAACUGACCACACCUACUUAUGGUGACUUGAACCAUUUGGUAUCUGCUACAAUGUCUGGUGUUACAACGUGCCUCCGUUUCCCUGGCCAACUCAAUGCAGAUCUUCGCAAGCUUGCCGUCAACAUGGUGCCAUUCCCUCGUCUGCAUUUCUUCAUGCCAGGAUUUGCACCACUCACUUCAAGAGGUAGCCAACAGUACAGAGCCCUCACUGUUCCCGAGCUCACCCAGCAGAUGUUCGAUGCUAAAAACAUGAUGGCUGCCUGCGAUCCACGACAUGGCCGCUACCUCACGGUUGCUGCAAUCUUCCGUGGUCGCAUGUCCAUGAAGGAGGUUGAUGAACAGAUGCUGAAUGUCCAGAACAAGAAUAGCAGCUACUUUGUAGAAUGGAUCCCCAACAACGUGAAGACCGCAGUGUGUGACAUACCACCACGUGGCCUCAAAAUGUCUGCCACCUUCGUAGGCAACAGCACUGCCAUCCAGGAGUUGUUCAAGCGCAUCUCUGAGCAGUUCACAGCUAUGUUCAGAAGAAAGGCUUUCCUCCAUUGGUACACUGGCGAGGGUAUGGAUGAGAUGGAGUUCACUGAGGCCGAAUCCAACAUGAACGACUUGGUGUCUGAGUAUCAGCAGUACCAGGAUGCAACUGCCGAAGAGGAGGGAGAGUUUGAUGAGGAGGAGGCUGAAGAAGAGGGAUAAAUACCUUAUGAACUGACCAGUUAGCAAGGAUAUUUAACCAAUUGCUAACCUAAAAGUUAUUAAAAAAAAUUGUAUUCUGAAAGUUUUGGUUCAUUCGUUAAAAUCAAUUCCAUAGGUUUAUCCUGAUCAAUACUUUUGGUUAUCAUUUUAGAUAUUUCUGAAAACAACCCAGAUAGCAUUCAGACGUUGGCCCAACGUCCGAAUGCUAUCUGGGAAGUUUCAUCAAGUAAAUACUCUUCCUCCUUUGGCAUAUCGUGUAAGAUGCUUAUUGUGGUAUCUUUCCUUAAAAAUCAGAUCACUGUUCCAUUGUAAAAUAAUGCCAAUCAGUAUUAACCCGAUUCUGCAAUUUCUUUUCUAUUUAUUAAAGGCAGUAAGCGCACACUUGACAAUAUGACAUUGUCAUUUGAUUUAGUCUGAAACUGAUAUUUUGAAUUAUCAUUCCAGAACUUGGAAAGGGUACAUAUUGUUAUAUUUAUCACAGCUGUAACUAUUCCAACUGCUCUUCCAUAUAAAACAUCAGUAUCUGAAAUAUUUUUCAACUUUUACUAUUUCAUUUACCAAAACAUUAUAUGGAAAUAAAAGAACAAAUCUGA